CGAAGCAGAUUGGUUUCAAGAUGGAACAGUCAUUUUGAGUCAUCUUUAACUCCUUGCCACUUUUUUAGCUUACGGAUGAUUGUCGUUUUAGAUCUGCAUUUUGCUUUUACAUGCAAAGCAAAUAUUGAAACUCAUUAGAUGUCACUUGCUUUCUCGAGAUGUUUCUAUGCAGCACUUGGAGGAUUAUGGAAGCCGUGACAAGUCAAAGCAUGAUCUGUUUGACAUUACGACUAUAUUGAGAGGCAUUAUGACGUUAAUAGAGCGAGAAGAAAUGCCAUUUAUGGCGACAGGGCACGUGCUACGCGAUCAUGCUGCUUUUGAUUCAAGAAAUGCUCAAACACGCUGCUGUCUCAGAGCCUGAAAAACAAUUCAGUAGCGUUUAACACCAGCAGAUGCAGGAUGUUCUAGUUUCUCUCGCUGACGUUUCGUCGUUUUUGAAUGCGACGUACGGUUACACUGUAAGACAUGACGCUCGAAUAUAUGUCGAACCGAAUGGCACUUGUGCAGUGGAAAGUAUUUAUUGAACCUAUAAGACAUGCAUAAAUCCGCGAACUGACGAGAACUAGCUGGAGCAAGGUGGAAAUAUCUAUUAGUUUCUCGGCGACAUUGAUCUCGCGACUGGGUGGUAAUUGCUCAGUUGCUCAUUUAGCAGGCUCAUGACACUACAGCAACGCUCAUUUGAGAGUUGAAAACGAUUAUUAGCGCUGCAUUAUAGCUAUCUGUUUGCAAGUUCGAUUUCGCGGGAUAUUCUUCUUGCACCAGCUCGUCCAGAUCUUGCCUUGAAAAUUUUAAAUGGGCAUGCACGCAAGGCAUGGCCAGCGACUGAGCAAAUGCAAAGCGCGUAUCGGUAUCGUCGAUUUUUUGGAGCGCUUACCUGCAAUUCUUUUAAGGCCACAAAGUCGGAGCACUCUAUGUAUGCGCAGCUCACUGGCUGUGUGAUGCAUGUGUUGAUUGUAAAUUGUGUCGUUCGGCGUUUUUAGAGCUUCGUGAUGCGGUGAAGCAUGUUCAAGCACUUAAUUUUUCCGCGCGAAUGGGACAAUUUUUUCAUAUUGUUCUUGCCACAGCGAAACGUUUACUAGCGUCGUCCAGCAUCGCGUUAGUGCGGUAAUGUUUUUAUCAAGACAAAGGAUUGACUGGUCCUCACAUCUACUGCUUGGACAUUUGCGAAACCGCAAAGAGAAGUGUGCUGGACUUCAAGCGCACGAACAUGAAAUGGGUAAUUUGCCACGCCUAGUUGGUAUGCUGCAAAGCGAGAGCAAUGCGGCUAGAAUUUCUAUCGAAAUAAGGAACGUUGGAGAGGUUCCCAAGUCUUUGCGCUGACAUUUAGAUAAAUAACGGGUUUUGAUAUUUGAACAUGCAAGAAGUUGCAAUUUUGCUGGUUGAAUGCUUCUACGAGGCGUCUUGAACAGUAUGGGUAUGAACGUUGACUCAAGCAGGAUAAGCGUUGUGGUGUAGCGUCGUAAAUGCAGACACCCACGCCAUUUUCCGCUGUGUGGAUAACUGCCGAUUCUUGAUUUUUAACAGCUUACCUUGCAGCGAGCAUACUCAUUCUUGAGGCAAUAUAGUGGUCAAGCCACGCACGAGAAUGGAGCCAAUCUCGCAGUUUUAACAACGUGCAUGACAUUUCUGAUGCCUCCUACUGCAUCGAACAUUUUUUUGACUUUGCAAUUAGCUCAAAGGCCUGCUGGGAGCUGUGCGUUGGCUGACAGUAGUCGAAACAGGGCAUCUCGUCACAACAGGGGCAUUGAUUACAAGAUAGCAGUUUUAUAAUAAAGUGUACUUCGCGUUGCCGAUUUGCAACUCCUCGGGUCAAUGUAUCAAAUUUUUGAAGUAGUGGUGCCAGGUAUACGAGCAGCUUUUAGUAAUUCAAGGCAUUUUUUUUGACAGAACUCAUCAUACCAUUGCCGGAAGGAGGUUGUGCUAACAAGUCUUGCUCAAAAUCUGCCAACUCAUUAUAUUUAAAUGCGACACCCUCCAGAUUGCAUUCUUGUAAGCUAACCAAUAUUAAUGCUUUUGAACGACACCAA